AAUCCCACGUGGGUUAAUAGUUAAAUGGGAACCCAAAAUCUGCAGAAGAGGAUGUCUGAAGCUGAUGCCACCAAGGGGAACAGGAGGAGCAGCAGAUACAGCACUUUAGACAUGAGGCAAAAAAGGAGCUGUUUAGAACGGAUUGCUCUGAGGAACACACUAGCAAAGGAAACCCUUGCUGAAUUUUUCGGGACAUUUCUGCUGGUAACCUUCACAUGCUGUAGCAUUGCCACAUCUGUUCUCAACUAUGGAACAUCUGGAGGAACUCUGGGUGCUGUUGUUGGCUGUUCAUUGGCAGUCACAAUGGCGAUCUAUGCAAGUGGAGGAGUGUCAGGUGGCCACGUCAAUCCAGCAGUUUCCUUUGCCAUGUGUUUAACUGGAAAACUACCAUGGGUUAAACUUCCUUUCUACGUGAGUGCACAGUUCCUGGGAGCUAUUGCUGGAUCUGCAGUUGUUUUUGGUGUUUAUUAUGAUGCAUUAAAAUCAUACUCGGGAGGAGCACUUACAGUAACUGGCCCGAAUGCUACAGCACACAUUUUUGCAACGUAUCCAUCUCCAUAUCUUACAACAAUUAAUGGACUUGUAGAUCAAAUAAUGUCCACUGCUCUGCUGCUCAUUAUGAUUUUUGCCAUGUUUGACAAAAAGAACAUGCCAGCUCCAAGCGGACUAGAGCCAAUUGCUGUCGGGCUCCUCAUUCUAGCAUUAGUGCUAGCACUAGGAACUAACUGUGGAGCUGCUAUGAAUCCAGCUAGAGAUUUAGGUCCAAGAAUCUUUACCGCUGUGGCUGGCUGGGGCUUUGAAGUUUUCACUGCUGGCAAUAGCUUUUGGUGGAUCCCUGUGAUUGGACCAAUGAUUGGUGCUGUAAUUGGAUCCUACAUAUACAUUCUAUUCAUUGAAGCUCAUCACAAAAAGGAACCAUGCGCCUUUGAUCAAACCCUUGAUACUGAUCACUUUGAGAAACAUGAACUUGCCAACAUGGCGUGAGAGACUGCAAAUCUUAAUUGACCUGCUUUCCGACAUCCACCGGCUACGUGCUCUUGUGUGCAUACGCCAACUUGCCUUUCUCCUUUGCACAUGGACAAUCUGUGAUUGGUUUAUGGUGAUGUAACUGUGAGCCAUGACUUAAGUAAUUACCUGCAAAAUUUUAGGUUCAAAUUAAAACAAAAUAUGAGACUUUUUAAAGGUUCUCAUUAGUAUUUUAUUCCUAGCCUUCAAUCUCCAACAUAAAAGUAUCAGGGGAUAAUCAUAAUGCCUCUUAAUUGCUCAGCCAUAAAUCAGCCUUCUUAAUGAAGCACUAAUGGACCAUAGACUGGGUCACAAAGGUAUAUGCAGGUAAUUGGUCUUGUCAUGCAUUUAUGUGUAAUAACCGUGAUCAAUCAUCAAUACCAUUAAAAUUUGCUGUGUGUUAAAAUGA